AUCGCCGUGCGGCAGGGAGCUGAAGUACUUCAGAACGAGGAGGGUGAGACCAUGAGCCACCUGAUGGGUAUGUUCUACUGGACCAUCCGCAUGGUGGAGAUCAGCAUCAAGCCAGUUUACGUGUAUGAUGGCACCCCGCAGAUGAAAUUGUGUGAGCUGGUGAAGCAGACUGAGUGCCAGACCGAGGCCAAGAAACACCUGCAGGAGGCUCAGGAGGCUGGAGAGGAGAACAACAUCGAGAAGCACAGCAAGAGGCUGGUCAAAGUGACCCAGCAGCACACUGAGUGUAAGAAGUUACUAACGCUGAUGGGCAUCGUGUCUGCGCCAGGGGAGGCCAAAGCCAGCUGCGCUGUCUUGGUGACUGGGAAGGUCUACGUGGCUGCCACGGAAGAUAUGGAUUGCCUGACCUUUGGCAGCCCUGUACUGAUGCAGCAUCUUACUGCUAGUGAGAUGAAGAAGCUGUCCAUCCAGGAGUUUCACCUGAACUGUAUUCUGCAGGAUCUCAACCUGACCUGGGAGCAGUUUCUGGAUCUGUGUAUCCUGGGCUGCAAUUACUGCGAGAGCAUCCACUGA